AUGGAAGAAAUUUAUUCCACCGACAAAACUCCGACCCAGAGGGUGGGGUGGAAGCAUUCCACCGAGUUGCAUGGGGAUUUCUCAACCCUGUCUCCGACCUCCAAAAGGGUGCCGGAGCAAUCAAUUUUCCCGUCUCCGCCACCGACUCCCAUGGUUCCCAAGAAGUGCCUUCGCCGCAUAUUCAUGGGUACCACCGCCAGUAGUCCUGUUUUCAGGGCUUUAUUUACUUCAUCUGAUGAUGGGUGUCAUGCCGGCGAGAAAACUCCAACAACCAAAUGGGUGCAGGAGCAAUCAAGUUCCCCAUCUAUGCCUCCAACUCCCAUGGUUCUCAACAAGUGCCGCCGCCGCUGCACAUUCAUGGAUACCACCGCCGGUAGUCCUGUUUGCAAGGCUUUAUUUGCUUCAUCUGCUGCUAUUGACGAUGAUGGGAGUAAUACCGGCGAGAAAACUCCGAGCCCCAAAAGGGUGAUGGAGGAACAAAAUUCCCCCACUACGCCUCCUACUCCCAUGGUUCGCAAGAAGUGCCGCUGCCGCAUACUCAUGGGUACCACUGCUGGCGCCGUUAGUCCUGUUUGUGGCCCUUUAUUUGCUUGA